ACGAAGUCAAGAAUUAAGUAAAAGAGAGCAGCCUCAAAAGAAGAAAGGGGGAGACCGGGAGAGUCCAGAGUAGUAUACAAAAAACACAAUCUACUGAAAAAGUGACACUCUUAUCUCAAAUUUAGAAGCUGCAAAACCACUUUCUCGGCUUUUAGAUGCUCAAAUCUCCAUCUAUCUAGUUCAUUUCAAUCAAAAUUGACUUUCCUCUUUUCUAAAUUUUCUCUCCAAUUUCAACCGAUAAUCAUUAGUAUUUUGGAAUCAUGACCAAAUUCUCUGAUCUUGAUUGCGAUCAGUUCUAGGGUUUUGAUUCUGAAGAAUAUUCCCGUUGAACCGUGGCUGAUUUUAGCUCUCCAAUCGAUAAGGUUUGAUUGUCAAUUUUAUGCUACUUUUGUUCUCUAUAAUUCGUAAUUGCAACUAAAUCUGGGAUUAUACUGAAUUGGAUUGUAUCUUGGUUUAGAUAUAUUAUAGUUUGUGCUGUUCUUUUAAGGUUAGGGUUUAUAGAAUUCUGUGAGUGUUGGUGAAAUUAGUAAUUGCUUAUAUAUAGAAGUACUGUAACCUGGUGAUUACUGGGUUUGAUACCUCAUAAAGAGAAGGAUCUGUUGCUACCAAGUUGAGUAUAAUUAUGUCCAGAAGACAUGAAGAUUUGAGGAUGAAACCUACGAUUGUCCCAUCAAGGGAUCGUCGCGAAGAAAUGGAUCAGGAAUUGUAUUUCACCUCACGCCGUGGUGCUCGAGAAGAGCUACCUUUGCGUUCUCGACGAAGUUUGAGUCCUCCAGAUAUGGCUGAGAAAAGUAGGACUAUGGCUAGGGAUCGAAGGAGUAAUUCACUCGAAAGGAGGAGAGAGUAUGAGCAGCACAUUGAUCGAGUUCGUGGUGGUGGUGGUGGUCAUAUGUUGUCUCGAUCACCUCCGGUUGAGCAUCCUCAAAAGAGGUUGCAUAUGGAUGAAAGGCCUUUCGGUACAAGUUUGCCUUCUAUGAGAAGACAUGGAAAAGUUGAGUACCCUGAGUAUGUGGAAUAUAAUAGUUUAAACACAAGGCCUAGACAUCCAUAUAGCUAUGAUGAUCACAUGGACGGUUUAAAGCAAAAGGAUCAUAUUGCAAGAAGAUCUGGCACAACUGGGCAUCAUCCUAUGGCUGAAUCUGUUACUUAUGAGGAUGCCAUGGAGAGAGGUGCUGGGUUGCGUCCAAACUAUGGAUUUGCUUCAAGAUAUGCUGAACCUGGUGGAAACUACUCAACACCGAAUGUGCACAGAGUUAAGGAUGAAAAUUCUAGGUAUCAAGACGCGAUAUCACAUGAAAAGCUGGUUAAGGACGUUUACUACAAGGAUGGAGAACAAUCUGGAUAUUAUUCAAGAGAGAGUCCUUAUAUAGAUUCUCCGCUAUCUCAAGUAAAAGAAUUUGGAAAUGAAGACUUAUUAAAGAAUAAUCCAAGCACUUCCUCAAGUAUUAUAGUGAGGGGAGAGUAUUUAACCAAGCUUCGGGAUGUUCACACUUUACCAUCUGAUGGGUAUCCUAAACGCUAUGGAAAAGAAUUAGAACCUCAUGUCAGUGAUGAUUAUGGUCAAAUGGUAAUGUCAGACAAUAGGAGAGGUUAUGAAACAAUAUGUAGGGAUCCAAAAUGUUAUGCAUGUGAUGCUAGGUCCGAGCGUAAAGAUUAUAUGUAUUCUGAAAUUGGGUUUAGAGGGGAGGAUGAAACUGGAUAUGCUUCGCAAGAAAAAUUGUAUUCUAAGGUACCAUAUACCCGUGAAGAACAUGAUCCUAGGAAUUCACUAAGAGCAGAUGUUAUGGAUUCAACUGUAGAAAACAUAUCUAAAACUGAGGGUUCUCACUCUUCUAGAAGAAUUCUUAAGAAUGUCGGAGUACGAGAAUUUGAUGUUAUUCAGAAGGAGAUGGCUCUAGAUUAUGUGGAUACAAGAAGAUCAUCGGAUGCAUUGAUACAUGCUGGGGAUUACUUGGAUAGUGGAUAUCCUCAUGUUGAGUUGACAAGAAAAGGUUCAAAUCAUCGUCGUAUUUCAGAUCUUGGUGGCUUACAUGAGCAUGAAUUUGAAGAUCCUCACUUGGGUUAUGGCUAUGGAAGGUACACACCAGGUGUAUCUGAUAGAUCCAGAUUGAAGAAGUCUUCUGAAUUUAAAAAUGUGGAAUCGCAAAGAAUUGCUGGAGGCUUUGAAAGAGUCAAGGCUGACGAGCCUGUAGAUAAUAACAAGGUGCUCAAACGAAAAUAUAGUGUCAAUGAAGAUGUUAGCAGAGUGGAGUCUAGAAGUGAGAUCCGCAGUAAAUGGAAUAUGCCUAGUGAGGGCGAUGAAUUUCAUGAUCACCAGGGCGAGUGGACCAGUAGGAAAGCUAAUACUGUGCAUUCAAAGAGACCCUCUGGAUAUGAGCGCAGUCAGUGCUAUUCAGAAAUGGAGCAAAUGUCUGACGUUACCUCUUGCCUUAAUGAUUCUAUUGACAGGGUUUGGACAUCAUAUCAAAAUCAAUCAGAAAGUAUUCAAGAGCUGUCUGGAAAAUCAUUUAAAAUGGGAAGUAGGCAUUUCAAGGGAUAUACAAAAUCUGAUUCUUCUAAGAGCUACAGUCAUGUGCACAAUACACAUCAUAGAAGUACUCACUACAAGCAGCAAAAUCUCAGGCAAAAUGAUAACAAUAGUACAAUACCUGCACAUACUGCUGAAGUAUCAGAAGACUUUGUUACUCCUUGGAAGUCUGAUCCCUUAGAGGAGUCUGAUGGUUUUAAGCAGAGAAUACAAGCAGCUUUCUUAGACUUCUCCAAGAGAUUUAAUGAGAACCCUACUGCUCGAAAACUCUACAAGGAAGAAGGAAAGGCUGGUAGUUUAUUCUGCGUUGUAUGCCGGCGAAGUGCAUCAAAAGAGUUUAUGAAUACAAAGGCUUUGGCUAAUCAUGCUUUCAUGUCUCACAAGACUGGAUUGAGGCCACAGCACUUGGGUCUUCAUAGAGCUAUCUGUGUCCUAAUGGGAUGGAACACCAUGCCCGAUCCAUCAGGCACCUGGAUUCCAGAGGUAUUUCCCAGGCCUGAAGCUUUGGCUCUGAAGGAGGACCUUAUACUGUGGCCCCCUGUUGUUAUUGUUCACAAUAUUUCCCUGUCAAAUAAUGAUCACAACAAAUGGAAGCUCAUAAAUAUUGAGGCACUUGAAGAAUUUCUGAGAGGUAAGGGUUUCCAUCUCGGCAAGAUGAAAAUUUGUCUUGGGAAUCCUGGAGACCACAGUGUAAUUUUGGUGAAAUUCUUGGGCACUUUUUCUGGACUGCAAGAGGCAGAGAGGCUUCACAAAUUAUUUCUUGAAAGGAAGCAUGGAAGAGUUGAUUUUGAACAAGCUAUUUCUGGAACUGGGACAGUUGAUGAGUUAACUCAAGGAGAUAACCAGAUUCAGAAGUUGGACGAUGUGCUGCUGUAUGGUUACAUGGGUAUUUCUGAGGACUUGGAUAGCGUUGAUUUUGAUACAAAGAAAAGGUGUUCAGUAAAGAGCAAAAAAGAGAUUCACGAACUUGCAGACGCACCAGUCAAGCCCGAAUAAGUGAAGUAGCUACAUCGUGAUGCUAAUCUGGUGCAAUUCAAUUCUUCCUGGACAUCGGCGUUUGAUGUGAUAUUGUUCUAAUAUCUGGACUAGGGAGGAAUGAAUUUGUGCAAGGAUGCAAUUAGGUUGAUGUGGACAAUUUUUUUUUGUACAGAUAGAUACAUGGACAUCUCUAGAGUUGAUUUGGAUACAAAACAUUAUUGGAGGAAAGAGAAUCGGGAAUGUUCAGAUGCAGCAGAUAAUCUUGUACAAGCAUAGUAGCAUGACGUGCUCGGGAUUUACUUGUCCCUCACAAUUGCCUUUUAUUUAAUUAUGCUUCAGUAUUUUCAUGUAAACAACUAUGAAUGACCCAAGUUUAGGAGCAUGGUUUAAAGUUUCUCUCAUAUGUAAACGUCGAGAACUUUUGUAUGUUUAAUAUAUGCUAACAGUGGAAGUAUUUCUAUAA